GUCAAAAUAUCUAUAGCAUAAAAGUCAUUGGAGACUUUUAUACGUGCAUUUGAAGCUUCAAAUUGAAGCUACCCUUUUAUUUUUCUUUAACCCCUCUCGACCUACCUAUCUCUCCCGAUCUAUCGUUUGUCUCUCUCGUUCUUACACUCCAGCAAGGAAGAAGCGAAUCCGGCGAGCAAGCCGGCGAUUGCACCCCUCCCAUGUUCUCCGAUCAACAACACCCAAACACUACUACUCCCUGAUACUGUUCGAUGCCAGAGAAGCCCUGAUAAGGACGAGACAGCCGAGAAGCAACCACCAGAAAAACCGGAUGUCAACCACCCCACCCCUGUUUACCUGUAUCCUUCGCGGUUCGUCACCGGAGAAACCCACCCCGUCCUCCUUCGUCCCUUUCCGUCGACGAGAACUGCUAAAACACCCCUUUGAUCGGCGAUGGUAGAUGCCCUUUCCCCUCCUUCAGGUUUAUCGAGGGGUCAGAAAAAGAGGAACAACAAGGAGCUGCCGGAGCAGCCCCUCAAACCACUGUUGUCAGCAACAGCGGUCAUCAAUCGCCGUCUCUACCUCUGUUAUCCUUCCUCGAACUGUUGGGUUUUAUUUAAUCUUGACAGUUGACAAAAGAGGGCCUGAUUUCCAACACGAACAACCCAAGCCGCUCCUCCAUUACCAACGACUGCUGCUACUGUUGUCUUUUAGGCUUGAUUUACUGUCGGCGACCAAGGCUUGGAAGCCGAUUGGGGAUCGUCGGAGGAUGAAUCCUCAUCUUCAUUGCUUCCGUUCGAUUCCUUCUCCGAUUCACCCAAUGCUGCCACCCGAAAUUAUGCUUUAUCAAUUGUUAGAUUUGGCAACACCAGUCCCUCUAAUUGUGAUUUUUAAAUCAAAAUAAGCCCUUGGUAUAUAUCUCUUUCAAAACAGGUCCCAUGUAAUUUAGUCUUUUCAAAAAUGGUCCCAUUUGAUUAAUCCAUUACAAAAACGGGUCCCCUAGUGCUAAAUAAAUUACAAAAUAGUAUUUUUUUUAAAUAUAAAGUAUUUCAAAACAAGUCAUUUUAGUUUAAAAUAUUACAAAGCAAACUUGAAAAUGUUUUAAAAUCUAAGAAAUGUGACCUCGCGGUUAUUCACGAAAAGCCUCACCGAAACUGAGACUAGAUUGUGAUCAUGCAUCGAAUGUGUGCGGUCCCUCUUUUGCGGUUUUAAUAUUUGGGGGAGAAUAUAUAUAUGUCAAUCAAAUUUUUGAUGAUUUUCAAGUUUUAUACACAAAAUAACAUCAUAUUUUAUUAUUGGUUAAACGUGUAUGAAAUAGAAAAUCUAAAAUGCAUGAAUCUUCAAUAACUCCCAAAAUUUAUAGUAGAAUGCUAUAAAUGACAUAAUUAUCCCUCCUGAUAUACUAAUAAAUAUAUUAAAAAUCACAAAAUUUUGAGAAGAUUGCUAUACAAAC